AUGGCUACUGAACGUGAUGACUCGUUGCAAUCGAUUAGCAUUAGAUUGAAUAAGAGUAAUUAUACAUAUUGGGUUUAUGUUAUGAAAAACUUUUUGAUUGGUAAAGAUAUGUGGGGAUAUGUUAGUGGUAAUAUUUUUAUUCCUAGUUCUAAACCUAAAGCUGAAGAAUAUGAUAAAUUACUUGCUACUUGGGAACGAUGUAAUGCAAAGAUUAUUACUUGGAUCAAUAAUUCUGUUAAUUUAAGCAUUGGCAUGCAUUUAGCUAAAUUUUCUACUGCUAAAGAGGUGUGGUAUCACUUGGCAACACUGUUUUUGCAAUCUAAUUUUGCUAAACGUUAUCAAUUAGAGUCUGAUAUUAGAGAAGCAAAACAAGGUGACAGGGAUUAUCGUGAAGAGCAGCGUCUUGUUCAGUUCUUAAUGGCUCUUCGUCAUGAUUUUGAAGCUCUAAGAGGUCAGAUUUUGCAUCGUAAUCCAUUACCUUCUAUGGAUUAUGUUGUUAAUGAGUUAUUAGCCAAAGAAGUACGUUUAAAAUCUCAAGCUGGCAGCAAAGGGAUUCUUCCUCUCCCUACUGAAAGUGUAUUGGCAGUACCCUCAAAGCCUUAUUUUAAUUACCAUAAUAAACCACAAAGAACUGCUAGCGACGAAUGCAAUUUCUGCAAGAAGAAAGGUUUGUCUACAUCUAAUGCAUCAGGUAUAAACUCCUCCGUUUGGGUUUUUGAUUCAAGUGCUUCGCACCAUAUGACUAAAGAUUUCUCUAGUUUGUCCUCCUUAUCUCAUAUUUCCUUUUCCCAAAAUGUUGAAACUGCUGAUUGUACAAUCUUGCCUCUAGCCGUUAGUGGCUCUGUUAAGACUCCACAAUUAUCUCUCUCUGACCAUCCGCAGUCGAAGAGAGUGAUUGGGAUAGGCCAUAGAGAAGGUGGGUUAUACGCUUUAGUGGAGUUGCGGAUUCCUGAUGUUGCUGCUUCUACAGUCGACUUAUCAUCUUUUCAUAUCACUGCGAAAUCUAGUAAUUUUUAUUUAUGGCAUUCUCGUCUAGGUCAUGUUUCUGCUUCUCGUCUUAAAUUCUUAGUUUCUAAAGGCUCUCUUGGACAAAUAAAACCACAUGAUAUCAGAUUGUAG